AUGUUGACCCAAAUGGCAGCAACACCAUUGCCCUCAGCUCUAUAUUUCGACUGUAAUUCUUUACCAGGCUUAUCAAAAAAACAAUUAGAACUGUGUAAACACAACCCCUCAGCUAUGAGGGCAGUUGCUACUGGACUUAAAGACGCUGUAAAUGAAUGUCAAACUCAAUUUUCGAACGAAAAAUGGAACUGCUCAGCUAAACAUGGUUUUGGCACGGCAUUGCUAAACAGUAGGUGCCUUUUACAUUUUAAAACAUUUUCGGUUUUUUAUAAAGGAUUAAAAAUAUAUUUUUUGGUUUCAAUUCCACAUAGCCUUAUGAAUGAGAUAUUUAAAACGACUAAUAAAGAAUUAAAUUAAAAUACUUUAGUUGCCAGCCGCGAAUCAGCGUACGUUUACGCUCUAUCAGCUGGAGCUGUUUCUCAUUCUGUGGCCAAAGCGUGUGCCAAAGGUCUAAUCCCAGACUGUGGUUGUGGAGACCGACCUCGACAAACCUCAAAAGAUUUUAUUUGGGCUGGCUGUUCCGAUAACCUUAAAUACGGUAACCAGUUUAGCCGAAGGUUCGUAGACGUCACGGAAAAACACAAAUUGGACAGUCGUGCAAAAAUGAAUUUGCAUAAUAAUAGAGUUGGAAGGAAAGUUUUGGCAAACUCUAUGAAAACUAAGUGCAAAUGUCAUGGCGUGAGUGGGAGUUGCGUUACUAAAACAUGUUGGAAAGUAGUUCCGGACAUUGAUGAAUUUGCCAGAAAUUUGAAACACAAAUAUGAGCGAGCCCAACAGGUACGUUAAAAACCAAAAAAACGUAAAGAAUUUUAUAAUACGGUGGAACUCCUGUAUAACGAACAACUUUUAAAGGGUCUACCACUACACAUUGCAUUUAAAACUCCUGCAUAAAGAAACUCCUGUAUAACGAACAAAUUUCCAAUCCUUGAGCGAUUCGUUAUACAGGAGUUUCACUGUAUCUACUUAAACAUAAUUAUCUCAGCAAAAUAGAAAUUUAUAAAAAGAAAGUAAAUCUACGGAAAUUGUAGUCUUCCUGUAAUUUUAGGUUACUGUAAACACCGAUAGUAACGAGCUCAUAGUCCGUUCUCAACUAGCCGUUAGUCGUACUGAACGUUACCUACAACAUGACCAAUUUGACACAAAGUCAAAGCAAGCAAACCUCAAAUCCAAAUACGACUAUCAAUUAUCUAACCCACAACAGUUCCACUAUCAGUACCAGUUAAAUACUACCCCUGCUAGUCGUGCUGAUUUGGUUUUUUUGGACGACUCACCGAAUUAUUGCGAAAUCGACCAGAAAAACGAAAUCGGCGGCACAAAAGGGAGAGAAUGUGCGAAUGACAAGGAAUGCGACAAGAUAUGUUGCGGCCGAGGUUAUGACACGAAAUACGAAUGGCAAACCGAGCCUUGUCAUUGUAAAUUUGAGUGGUGCUGCGAAGUGAAAUGUCAGCAAUGCGAGCGUUUAGUGGAGCGACGAUUUUGUCGAUGA